CACACACGUUUCGGCGCUGCAGGACUUACUUCCGGUUCAACAUGGCGGCAUCCAUGGCAUCCCAGGCGGCUGUGAGAGGACUCCGAGCGGCGAGCACUAAACAACUGCUUGUGAGCCGAAACCAGUUAGUGAGGGUAAGUCCCAGAAGAUGGCUGAACCUGCAAGAGUACCAGAGCAAGAAGCUAAUGCAGGACAGCGGCGUGACCGUACAGCGCUUCUUUGUGGCUGACACUGCCUCUGAAGCCCUGGAGGCCGCCAAGAGACUCAAAGUGAAGGAGAUUGUCCUGAAAGCUCAGAUUUUAGCAGGAGGAAGAGGUAAAGGAGUGUUCGACAGCGGCCUGAAAGGAGGGGUGCAUUUAACCAAAGAACCUGCUGCUGUUGGAGAGUUGGCCGGUAAGAUGCUUGGCUUCAAUCUGACCACCAAACAGACCCCUAAGGAAGGAGUGAAAGUAAAAACGGUGAUGGUUGCUGAAGCUCUGGAUAUCUCCAGGGAAACAUAUUUUGCCAUCCUGAUGGACCGUUCCUGUAAUGGACCCGUGAUGGUGGGCAGCCCUCAGGGUGGUGUAGACAUUGAGGAAGUGGCUGCCACCACACCAGAGCUCAUCUUCAAGGAAGUCAUAGAUAUCUUCGAGGGGGUCCGAGACGACCAGGCGCUACGUAUGGCAGCUAAUUUGGGAUUCAAAGGACCGUUGGAAAAACAGGCUGCAGAUCAGAUUAAGCGACUUUAUGAGUUGUUCCUCAAAGUCGACGCCACUCAAGUCGAAGUCAAUCCGCUCGGAGAAACACCUGAGGGACAAGUAGUGUGCUUUGAUGCUAAAAUCAACUUCGACGACAAUGCAGAGUUCAGACAGAAAGCUGUGUUUGCCAUGGACGAUACCACCGAGAGCGACCCCUUGGAGACCGAAGCAGCCAAAUAUGAUCUCAAGUACAUCGGACUGGAUGGAAACAUAGCCUGUUUUGUUAAUGGUGCUGGCCUUGCUAUGGCAACAUGUGACAUCAUCGACUUGCAUGGUGGAAAGCCUGCUAACUUCCUGGACCUGGGUGGAGGUGUAAAGGAGAACCAGGUGUACGUAGCCUUCAAGCUUCUCACUGCCGAUCCCAAGGUAGAGGCCAUCUUGGUAAACAUCUUCGGAGGAAUUGUUAACUGUGCCAUCAUUGCUAAUGGUAUAACCAAGGCCUGCAGAGAACUGGAGCUCAAGGUUCCCCUGGUGGUCAGGCUUGAAGGAACCAAUGUUCAGGAGGCGAAGCGUAUUCUGUCUGAGAGUGGGCUGCCCAUCACCUCUGCCAGUGACCUCGAUGAUGCCGCCAAGAAAGCUGUUGCCGCCAUUGCCAAGAAAUAAAGGCAUAUAUGCAUAAACACCAUUCUUAUACACCUCACCUACAGAGCUGUGGCCAGAGUCACCAUGACAUAAACAGAGCCUUACACACUUCAUGCACACACACACACCUGAAAAGCUUCCGGGUGAACCACAGAAACAUACAGUACUAGCCUGCUAGAGUCAUUGGGCAUCUUGUCCAGUUUUUCCAGGGACAAUAGUGUGACAAUAGUUGUCACUGGUCUCAACUUCUCAAAGGGUCUUAAAUAUGGGGCAGUCUUGGGGAUGUGACUUUUUAAUUGUUCAAUAAAUAACUGUGUUAUAUUCAUUGCCUUACUUUAAGCCUUUUAAUGGAAAGUUUCCUUUAUUGAUCAUAAGUGUGAUUUAUUUUUAUUUUUAUUUAUUUAUUUAUUUUUUUUCUAAUUAAACUUAAAUAGCUUAAUUGCAUUCCAUAUUAAUCCCCAACAAUAAAUCUUUAUUGCCUUAAGUAAACCAUGAACUAUUAAAAGUGUCAUAUGGUGGAAGAGCAUCUAGGUUUUUUUUUUUUUUUUUAUAUAUGAUUGAACUGUGAAAUAAGU